AUGAGCAGCUUGCAUUUUCCCCCAUGGAGCGAGCAACCAAGCCUCUUUAAUUUAUCAUGCGCCGAUGCUGAGACAUGUAACCAGUUAUCCAAUAUGGAUACCCCAGUGUCGCAGCUUCAUCGUCGCGAUACUGACCUUGGUAGCAAGAAGAUGGCCAUUCCACGACUUGCAGAAGGCGCUGAGUCGGCUUUCACCUCACCUGGUAGGUUUCAUCGUCGACAUGUCCGCCGUGCUUGCGAGUCUUGCAGACAGCGAAAGACAAAGUGUACUGGUGACAAGUCGGGAUGUCGGAAUUGCAGAGAAGCUGGAAUCAUCUGCUGUUAUACUGAUGGCAAACGAGAAAAGUCUAAGCGGCAGCUUGCAAGCUUGUCAGCAAAGGUACAGGCAUAUGAAAAUGUUAUCAGCAAGCUAAGCAAUCGCUUUGGCGUGUCUGAUGAGCAGCUUGUGAACAUAGCCCUAGCAGCGGAAUCGGGUUCAGAUGUGGUCCUCAAUCCGGAUGCAUCUAUAACAGCAGCUGGAGACCAAAGAAUCAUGAUUUGGCGCUCUGGUUCCGAGCCACCAGUCUCUCGAGCUUCAUCAGUCAGUCCACUGGAAUCCGGAGACCAAACAGAGGAAGAUUUCAACCGCGACGAAAAUGCACGAGCCACAGGAUUCAUUGGAAAAAGCUCGGAAAUCAAUUGGCUUCAGAGGCUCAAGAAAGAAGUCAAUAACGAAUGUGAAGCAUGGCCUUCGAAUCUUCCCAAUACCGAUGAUAUUCACGGUUUGCCUUCUCCAACAUUGACUCCUCUGCCAGACAACCCCAUUGAUUCGUGGGUGGUGUGCUCCAACUAUUAUAUCGAUGAUACCGAUAUUCCAACUGCGGAUCAUGGCGAUACCUAUGCUGUUCCUUCUCGUGAGCCAGCAACCAAAUUACUCAAUGUAUAUCUAACCUCCGUGCAUCCUUCUUUCCCAAUCAUUGGGAUUUCAACAUUUGUCUCUCAAUUUCAGGUAUUCUUCAGCCAACCAGCUCUUAAGCCAGGGAACAAAUGGCUCGCCAUACUGAAUAUGAUUUUUGCCAUUGCGUCCAAGUAUGGCCAAUUGGCCAAUGCUGAAUGGGUGGAGGAAGAUGAUGACCAUCAAAUGUUUUUCUCAAGGGCGCGAGCUUUGAGCCUAGAAGAUCAAAUCCUUCAUCAUCCUGAUCUGCAGCAGCUACAAGUCGAGGGGCUUACAUCGUUCUAUCUGACUGGGGCAGGGCAUAUCAAUCGGGCCUGGAAACUAUCUGGAAGUGCAAUUCGAGGAGCGUUGGCUCUAGGAUUGCAUCUUCGGAACGUGGGCGCGAGCACUUCUGAUACCUCCAAAGAGAUUCGCUAUCGAGUAUGGUGGUCACUCUAUGACCUUGAACACCUGUUGACCGUGAUGACUGGUCGUCCUUCGUGUGUCAUUGAUAGUUCUUGCACUACACCCAUGCCGGUACCUUUUGACGAAAGUGAUUUCCAGAAAGAAGAGGUCGCCCGACUAAUCAGCACAGAUAGACGGACUUCCUCCAUGCUCUACGAUCAAAUGCUAGCCAGCAACGGCACCGAGGACCGCGAGUCCACAGUGGACUCUGAAUCAAAUGACGCACCUACAGAAAGCGAGAUGAAGAUGAACAGAGCAGAGUAUCUCAAGAGCCUGCCGCCAUGCAUUUCAUUUUACUUCCUGCAGUUGUCAUCAUUGACCAGUAUCUCUAAGCGGAUGACAGUCAAGCUCUACAGCCCGGAAGCACUUCAAUCACCAUGGGCAAGCACCGAGUUUACCAUCCAAAGCUUAAUGCUCGAGAUUGAUUCAUGGUUUAUGAACUUACCCCCAGCCUACGACUUUACCUCGACGCAGACAUCGCAAUGCCCCGUCAACCAACGCAUGGGUCUCGCAUUCCUAUUCUACAGCACCAAGAUUGGCAUCACCCGACCAUGCCUGUGUCGCCUGAAAGAAGCAGAAUCAGAGAACGACAAAAGACACGAGUUCUGCAGCAAGACUGCGGCAGAGUGUGUUGAGACAGCCUGCCACAUGCUCACACUGUUUCCCGAUACGCCAGAUGCAGCACUCCUAUACCGCAUGUCACCAUGGUGGUGUACUCUCCAUUUCCUGAUGCAGGCUGUGACAGUUCUCCUUCUAGAACUGGCAUACCGCGCCCAACAUGUCCCCGACAAAGCGACUAUGGUAUCUAAAGCAGCGAAAAAGGCUCUGGAUUGGCUGUCCACUCUAUCAAAGACUAGCCUAGCUGCCGAACGAGCUUGGAGGCUUUGCGACGGGUUCCUUCGUCGUCUAGCGCCACAAAUGGGAAUCAAUCCCAAUGAUUUCUCCAGCCAUGACGAGAGUUCCACAGAAACAUUCUUCCCUGACUCCGAAGAUGCUACGGGGGCGGAUGAUCUAAGUUGUGAUCUGUCUUUAGAGGAACCAGCCAAUUUGCCCACAAAUGCUGCCGUCGACGCUUUCGUCGCAGAGCUAGAUCCUAUAAACUGCUCGCCCAUGGAUCAAUCCGAUACCCCGACUGGCAUGCAGGAGCUCUACGAUCUGGAAGCACCAGAUCUCCUGGAUCAAUUUAUCAAGCAGGAGAAGGAUAUUUCGGAAUGCAGUCCUUAUGAAGAGUACUUCCCCUAUGACCCUGCUACAGGUCAGAUCACAGGCUCUUUUUUCCCAUCUGGUGGGAAUGUGGAUCUUGAUAUGGGAUAUUUUUGGGGUGAUCCUGUCUGUUAA